GUUUAUUUUGAAAAGCCCAAAACGCGGAAGACGCCCAGCUCUGCUCCAGAAACACGUUGGACUAAGUUGUCAGUGAAUCCGGCUCCAGUCGUUUAUUAUAACUUCGUGUUGACUCGGUCCGUCGGGAUGAGUGGAGCCGCUGUGGCUCGUUGUUCUGUGUGAUUCCAGAGACCAUGCUGCUUUCUGAUCAGUCAGUCAGGGAGGAAGCUGCAAACCUGCAGACCUGAGCGAAAACCCACCGAUUCAUCUGAGGGAUCAUUUCACUUCCUUCAUCAGACAUGAGAGCCUCGUUAGUGUUGCUGCAGCUCAUUUCCUGCUGCUGGCUCGUCGCUGCCACUCUCUCAAAGACUGAUGCCAAGAAGUCUCACAAAUCUGAGGCCGAGACGUCUGUAGUGGAUUUAUCUGUGCUGGACAGAGGCCUGGUUGUGUCAGACCCGCUCUGGAAAGACAUAGUGAAGGAGGAGAAGAGACACUGCGCUCACAUCAAGAGAACAUUUCAAGGAGCAGUGCUGGGAUAUGUCACACCUUGGAAUUCUCACGGCUAUGACGUGGCCAAAACGUUUGGCUCCAAACUGACCUCAGUGUGUCCGGUGUGGCUUCAGCUCCGCCGACGAGGGCAUGAAACCUUUGACGUCACGGGACUCCAUGAUCACGACUCAGGAUGGGUCAAAGCUGUGCGCAAGUCCAACAAAAAAGUCAGGAUGGUGCCUCGGCUGUUAUUUGACGGCUGGUCUUACCAGGACUACAUGAGCGUGCUGGGGAGUGAGGAUGAGAUAGAGGAGCUGGGCAGUGAGCUGGUGGAUGUUGCAAAGACUGAAGGCUUUGACGGCUUCACCUUGGAGCUGUGGAGCCAGCUGGGCGGCAACAAAAGAAAGGAGCUGGUGCAUUUAGUAAAACACAUCUGUGAGACUUUGAAGGCUAAAAGAUUAGACUGCAUCCUCAUCAUCCCUCCUGCUGUGACAAGUGCGGGGCAGCCAGGUAUGUUUGGCAGGGAGGAGUUUGAAGAGUUGGCUCCAGUAGUUGAUGGAUUCAGCCUCAUGACAUACGACUACUCCAGCGGUGCCAGACCAGGCCCCAGUGCUCCGCUGGCCUGGGUAAGAGACUGUGUUCUCCAGCUCGCACCCAACACUCAGUGGAGGCAGAAGAUCCUGUUGGGACUCAAUAUGUACGGACUUGAUUUUGGAAGUCAGGGAACAGAGCCGAUCCUGGGAGGAAGGUUCAUUGAGCUCUUGCGAGAACACAGGCCCAAACUUCUGUGGGAUGAGUAUUCUGCAGAGCAUUAUUUCACUUACAAAAGGAGCAAUGCAGCUAAACAUGUGGUUUACUAUCCCACACUGAAGUCAAUCUACCUAAGAAUAUCUUUAGCCUCUGAACUGGGAACUGGAGUUUCCUUAUGGGAACUGGGACAAGGACUGGAUUAUUUCUAUGAUCUCCUAUGAGAGUUUGAACUUGUGAGUGAAGACUGAGGCACCUCGGAUCAUCAGCACGAGGAUUUUCUUUCUCUGGACGACGGUGCACCAGAAACACUUGUGCCGGUGCUGGUAUUAUUUUUCUUUUUCUCCCCAAGCAACGGAAAUAAAAUGAACUCUGAAAGGUUCGGCCUUUAUGAAUAAAACAUGGGUUUGUUUAUUAAAACGGUACAAGCAGCAGCCGAUAGCUACUUCAGUAUGUUUUAUUCCUUUUAAUCUGUGAUGCUGCAUAAAUGAAAUCAACUUAUACAGUUUAGUGCAAUAACAAAUCUUCAUCCAGCCGAAGGAGCAUGACCAUUAGUAUGCGAUUUUUAAUAGAUUUAUAAUAACAGCAUUGCUAAGUGAUGAAAUUGUAUUUACAGUGUGACCAGACGUCUGUUCUGACUCAGCAUCUUUCAGUAUUUUUCUGAGAUGAAUGUUUGUUCAAUGGCAUAAAUAUAAAUGUGAAUCAAUAAGCUGU